UGAUAGUCCAUCGGAUUGGGGCUCUUUGGGCGACGCCUCCAGCAUACGCGGUUGAUGCAGUUCACUUGUUAACCGACGUCCAGGUUCAGAUUCAGAUUCCGACUCACUCUUGUCGAACGAUUUAAAAUGCGCGUCAACUUCCUGCUCGCUCUGGUGGUGGCCACCUACGCCGCCACGUGCAUCAGUGCCUCGAGCGCCGAAAACGUGGCUCAAAUCGCCGUCCCCGAGGCUAAAACGGAGGCGAACGAGGCUCAGUUCAUCGACCAGGUUCGCCGUCUCAAGGGCAGUCACAUUGUGUCGUCUGGUGAGGAGUGGUGGAAGUCGGCCGCUGAGGAGGAGCGCGGGCUGCCUCUGGGGAACGCCAAGUCGCUCUUCGGCAAACUCAAGGGUCGAGUGGGCGCCAAGAAUCUGGCGGCGGCCAACGGCGUCGGCACCAAGGUGGAUGACCUUACGAACAAGCAGAUCAAGGAGGUGACGGUAGCCACGGCCAACGCCGUCAAGAAGGACCGCCGCAUCUGGCCCCGCGUCAAGAAGUUCCUCAAGAUUCUCUACCGAUCGACGAUCGCGGCGGCCAUCAUCUUCGGCGUCACCGCCAUGCUCAAGGACUAAACUGGAGAAAAAAUGUUGCGAGUGUUUGCUUGAG